GCUGCUUGGAGAUAUAGGAACCCAGCCUGCUGAUUUGGGCAAGAUAUGACAAAGGAAAGGCACUGACCCCCCCUGUCUUCAGCGGCCAGGGAUCAGGGCAAAUUGGUUGGUGACUUGUUGGCUGGCCACAAAGCAGGAAAGGCAGCUGCGUUGAAGACAAUGACUCACACGUUUUUGCUGUACUGCUUCGUGUUUCUUUUGCCCACAGAGUCCUGCAGAACAUUAUGCCAGGCUGCCAGCAAAAGCAAGGGGAAAGUGUCUGCCAAGCCACACGGUGCAUGUGAUGGGGUCUGUGUGGACAAUUCUCAUUUCAGUAAAACUUUUCCUAACUUUGGGCACCUAAAAGAGGAUUUAAGUGCAGGUCCAUCAUUUGGAAGUAGUAUACACAUAAAUGAAUAUUCUGGAAAGUCCGAAACCAUUGCAGAUAAGUUGAUGCGGAAGUGUCCGCAGGAUUUGUCCUGUGUUGUUAAGAACAUUCAGCGUUCUCCCCGGAUACCAGGAAACAUUGCUGUCAUCGUGCAGCUACUACACAACAUAUCGACAAUGCUGUCGACAGAUGUGGGUGAAGCAAAGAUGAAGCUACUCAUAAAUAAAUAUCCCAUUGACAUACCGGAUGUGUUUAUUCAUACUACGUGCACCUCCAUAUCUGGAGAUAGCAAUGGAAAGAAUUUAACUUUCUCCAUGAGAGUCAAUGACACCCGCAAUAGUGUCACUGGGAGGGUGUUGAUCAGCAGAGAUGAAGCCCAGAAGGUGCGCUCUUCUUCUCAGGUCGUCAGCAUUGCAUUUCCAACCCUUGGAGCCAUCUUAGAGGCCAGUCUUCUGGAAAGGGUCACCGUGAACGGACUUGUCCUGUCUGUCAUUCUGCCCAAGGAACUUAAAAGGAUCUCACUGGUUUUUGAAAAGAUCAGGAAUUCAGAGGACAGCAGGACACAGUGUGUUGGCUGGCACUCGUUAGAGAGCAGAUGGGACCAGCACGCCUGCCAAAUGAUCCAGGAAACCUCCCAGCAAGCUGUUUGCAAAUGUAGGCCAAGCAAGCUGUUUACCUCCUUCUCCAUUCUUAUGUCACCACACACCUUGCAGAGCCCCAUCCUGACUUACAUCACGUACAUAGGCCUGGGCGUUUCCAUUUGCAGCUUGAUCCUUUGCUUGUCCAUCGAGGCCUUGGUCUGGAGCCGAGUGACGAAGACAGAGAUCUCCUACUUACGCCACUUGUGUAUUGCCAACGUCGCGGCUACCUUGCUGAUGGCUGAUGCGUGGUUCAUCGUGGCUUCCUUUCUUAGUGGUCCAAGGACACACCACAAUGGAUGCGUGGCGGCGACGUUUUUUGUUCAUUUCUUUUACCUUGCUGUGUUUUUCUGGAUGCUCGCCAAGGCACUUCUCAUCCUCUAUGGAAUCCUGAUUGUUUUCCAUACACUGCCCAAGUCAGUCCUGGUGGCAUCUCUCUUUUCCGUGGGAUACGGUUGCCCUUUGGUCAUUGCUGUUGUUACAGUGGCUGCCACUGAGCCUGGCAAAGGCUACCUACGGCCUGAGGCCUGCUGGCUCAACUGGGACAUGACCAAGGCCCUCCUGGCCUUUGUGGUCCCAGCGCUGGCCAUUGUGGUAGUAAACCUGAUCACGGUGACACUGGUGAUUGUCAAAACCCGGCGAGCUACCAUUGGCAGUUCCAUGUUCCAGGAGGUGAGAGCCAUCGUGAGAAUCAGCAAGAACAUCGCCAUCCUCACACCACUGCUGGGCCUGACCUGGGGAUUCGGAAUAGCCACGGUCAUCGACAAUAGCUCCCUGUUCUUCCACAUUCUCUUCUCCUUGCUUAAUGCUUUCCAGGGCUUCUUCAUCUUGGUGUUUGGAACAAUCCUGGAUCCAAAGACACUUGAACAGGACAUCACUGCUCUUUAUGAUGCAAGUAAUAUCAGCCAUCUUUCAAGCUCUUAUGGGGCUAACCAUAUUAUGUACAUUAGCUCUAAUCCUGAAAACAAUAUUGGGUAUUUCUAUUUUCAAUUUUAUGGAUGA